GAUUACAGAUAAUUUUAUUCCAGUGUUUUUUCUUUGAUGCUCCAGGUGUGGUUUUUUUCCGUGUUGAAAUUAACAAAUUUAAUUGAUUUAUAGUUUGUAUUUAUGUUACAAAAGUCUAAAAUUGACCCUUCAAACUGAUAAAGUAAUGUAUAUUAAUUAUGUUGUUAUCCAAAUUAGCUCAGUAAACCAAUUUUGAUGUUGCUCAUGGUAAGAAGCCUGAACAAAUGUCUAAUAAUAAUUGGAAACUCAUUGUUGAUCCGGUUAUUAAGAAAGGAUCUAACAAAGUUUACCGCUAUGAAGGUGUUGUGGCAGGGAAGGAAUGUAUAUAUCCUCCAGUCCAAGUUAGAGAUCCUAGAAAUCCUAUAACUAUUCGAUUGAAAAGCACCGAACAGUUUGAAUUUAAACCAACAAAGUUCAAAAUUGAUAGUAAUUAUAUUGGACCACCUCCUCCAGUAGAAGUCUCAAUUUCCAAUUUAAAUGAUAAUAUUAAAGAAAAUUUUUUACAAGAUUUAGUUAAGCAAUAUGGAGCGGUGGAAGAACUGCAAAUUUUUUACCAUCCUAAGACUAAACGUCACUUGGGUUUGGCGAGAAUUACGUUUGCCAGCACAAGUGCAGCCAAAGCUUGUGUUGAAAAGAUGAAUAACACUUCAGUUAUGGGUAACGUUCUGUCAGUAUUUUUCGAUCCACUUGGCAAAAUUAUUGAUAGUCAAAAGGAAAUGGCCAUCAAUCCACCACCUAAACCUCCCAAAACAUUAAGUGAUCAAACUGGUAAAUCUGAUGUGCCCGAUUCUGAAGCUAGCCCUCAUGCCUCCAUUCCAUCUGAUAAAAUACCACAUUCAUCUCAUCCUAGUAUCCAAUCAUCUCAUACUUAUAAUUCGUGUAAAAAUAGCGGUCCUACAAACUUCCAUUCUAAUCAAGCAACACCUAUGGGUCUGGAUGGCAACUAUGUUUACGGUCCAGGCACUAUGUCUUAUUUAAAUAAUUCAUCAAACAUACCUGGCUGGCCUCAUGGUGCUAACCAACCUGGUGUGUGGGAUCCAUCUACUCAAACUUUCACCAAUCAAGCUGAAUUGAACAAAGCACAAAAUUCUAUGAGAGAAAGUCUUGAUUCCAGAAUUGAGCUUCUCCUCAAAAGUCAACACAUUGGUUUAGCGCCAGGUUUUCUUGGUGAGAUUGGUGGUGGUAUGUCUGGCUUAGGUAGUCCAACUUUUGACACAAAAGGAUUUUCUACUCCGCAAGAUUUUACACAAUCAUUCGGUAACAAACUGACAUUGAACCAGGAGGACUCGAAUGAUAGUAAAUCUGAGCUAGAGCUCAGGCAGGAUGGAAGUGAUGCAAUCCUUGGUACUCCACCAUCACCUUUUUUAAAUGGAGCAUCUUACAUUAGAUGGUCAAAAUUUACUCAAGCAAUUGACUCUGGAAAGGAACCCUGUUUAGAUAGUGAUGAUGGAGAGGACGAUGUUGAUAUGGAUGGCAAAGAUACAUCGUUUAAUGGCCAAGAUGGUGAUGCAACUCCAUUAAAAGAUGAAACAACGAAUGUUCGUAAAAAGCGAUUAAAAAAUAAGAAGCCCUUAGAUGUGAAAAAUAACGGCGGCGGAGAUGACGCAGAUGAUAGAAUGUCAUUAUCAUCUUUAAGCAGCGGUGAAAAACUUCAUGUCACAGCUAAUGAACCCUCCAUGACUUCAGGUAUUGUCCACCAUCCAAUGUUCCCAAGUGAACAAGUUCAAAUGAUGGCCCGAAUGGGCAUUUGGAAACCAGGAAUGGGUUCCGGAGUGCUCGGAAUGCCACCCACAGGGGGUCAGCAAAGUUUUCUUACUUCCGUUGGCUCAUUUCAUCAAACAUUUCAACCUCUUUCAUAUCCACUAACAAAUUUAGCACUAACACCUUCUAGACCUCCAUUUUCCCAUUUUCCAUUCACAUCAUCAGGACUUUUUACCAGUUAUCCGAUCUCCGGUUUUUUAGCAAUGACAAAUACAAAUAACAUGGUUAACCACAAGGUGCGAAGUUCAAACAACAAUCAUGACCAUCAUCAUAAUCAACAAAGGAAUAAUAAAGAUGAUGGAAGUUGGAAACAGCGACGUUUGGAAUCCAAAAGAGGACCUUUAACACAGGGCAUUCUUGAAAAGAUUGUUAACGAGCUUAAGGAGAUUAUCAAACGAGAUAUUAGUAAAAAAAUGAUAGAAAAUGCAGCUUUCAGGAUGUUUGACAAAUGGUGGGAUGAACAAGAGAAUAAAAGAAAACAAAAAAGUCGUCUCAAAGAUGCCUCUUCAGUCCCUCAACCUCAACAACCAGAAGUUAAAAAAGAAGAAGCUAGUGCUAUUAACUCUUCUUGGGCUGCAAUUUCAACUUUUUAUGAUAAUAGUAAAGAAAUUAAUACUUUUAAAAUAAAUAAUACGGGCUUUGGUCUUGGCCUUGGUCUUCGCUCAGUGAUACCCAAAAUGCCUUCUUUCCGGCGUAAAAUAAGAAAACCAACAACACCACCAAUUGAAGAUGAAGAAUCUCGUGAUGAUGGUGAUAGUAAAAAAUCAUCUGUUGAUGAGGAAAUGUACAAAAAUGGAGCUACUGUCAGUAGUAGUUGGAAGAGAAGGAAUCGCUCUGCGGCGGUGAUAGAAGAUGAAAGGCAUGAUUCUUCGUCAGAUGAAUCAGAAUCUAGUCAAACAAAAGCAAGACGGCAUCGUGGUCAAAGUUUAUCCAGUAUCAGUAGCUCAAGUAUGACUUCUGGUAUUGCUAGUAGUAGUUCGAGUUCAAGUGAUGAAGAGUAUCAGUCUUUAUCUGACUCGAGUGGAUCUGAAGCUGGCAGUGAUGAAGAAUCUGAAAUUUCAGAUGAUGAAAGAUUGGUCAAGCUUAAAUCAAAAUCUAAUAAUCGUAAACUCAUUAGUUCAGAUGACGAUGAAACAUCUCUUAAGGAUCGUCUAUCAUCUAAAGAAUCUAAAGAAACUGCCAAAUCAACAAACAAAUUAAAGUCAAUCGCCGAAGUAAAACAGGAAAUCAAUGAUGAUGGCUUAGCAAGGCUUGAAGCAUCUGAAGCUUUGGUUGCACUUGCUACAUCUUUCACGCCAGCCGGAGAUAAAGUUCUACCUCAUUCAGAUGUAAAAUCAAGUGAAUUAGAAAGGGUAAAAAGUGAAACUGAUUCAGCACCUGAAUCUGAUAAAUUUGAUAAUGAUAUGCCUGCUGAAUCAGUUGCCUUUGACCAUUCAUAUUGUAUUCGUAAAGACACCAAUGAAGUUAAACCCAGCAUUGACUCUGUCAUCGAUUCCGUCGCAAGAGGCUCUGUUGAUGUUGAAAUGAUCAAUGAAUUUAAAACAACUAACGAUAAUGAUCAUGAUCAUGGUUAUAGUAGAACGCAUAUGGAUGAAAAACCUGGAAAACGUUUAAGUAAGAAGAAGUCGACAGGAACAUUACCAGUCAUUUCUGAUUUCCCUAGUUUUCCUCGUGUGGCUUCCGAAUGGAGAAAAGCUAAGCGAAAUGCAAGUGAAAUUUUGGACUAUGAAAUUGUUGCUGAUGAUUUUAUGGAACAAGUUAAAUCUGUUUUCAAGCCUAGAAGUAAUAUAGAAGAAAUGAACAUUCUGUACGACUUUUUAACUAAUGGUAUUGAUGCAGAGGAUAUUAAUUAUAUGAAGCGAAGUUAUGAGGCUAUGCUGCAAGCAGAAACACAAAUGCUUUGUUUGAAUGAUACUCAUUGGUCUGACCAUCCUCCCACAAUUUGUUACACUGUGCCUAAAAAGAAACGUAAAACAAAUGAUGAUAAUCAUCCUAGAGUUCAUCUAUCAGGUUGUGCCCGUGCUGAAGGUUAUUAUAAAAUGACUACCAGUGAAAAAAUGAAAUAUUCGUAUCUCACAUCAACCUCUUCUCAUGGGGAAGAUGCUUCUAAAGACUUGAGAGCGCGAAUUCCCACAACUCAACAGUCAACCCGAGAAGCCCGCUCUAAUCAAAGACGACUUUUAGCUAGUGUAGAUGCUGCUUGGUCAGAUCUCGUUAAAUUUAACCAACUUCAGUUCCGUAAAAAGCAACUUAAAUUUGCAAGAAGUAGAAUCCACGAUUGGGGACUUUUUGCCUUGGAGCCAAUUGCGGCUGAUGAAAUGGUUAUUGAAUAUGUUGGUCAGAUGAUUAGACCCGUCGUGGCUGACUUAAGGGAAAAGAAAUAUAAUGAAAUGGGCAUUGGAAGCUCAUAUCUUUUUAGGGUUGAUUUUGAGACUAUUAUUGAUGCAACCAAAUGUGGUAAUUUGGCUCGUUUCAUUAAUCAUAGUUGUAAUCCAAAUUGUUAUGCUAAAGUUAUCACUGUUGAAGGGCAGAAAAAAAUUGUGAUAUAUUCUAAACAACCGAUAGAUAUUGAUGAAGAAAUCACGUACGAUUACAAAUUUCCAAUCGAAGAUGAGAAGAUUGCUUGCUUAUGUGGAGCACCUCAGUGUCGCGGUUACCUCAACUAAAUUUUUUCUGUCAUCAUUAAAUCCCUUGUUCUUUGUACCUUUGAAAAUUGUAUUCUUACUUCCCGCUCUUCUCUAUCAUCUCCUUUUCUUCCCUUUUGCUUUUCUACCUCACUUCCAUUUUCUUCCUCUCUUCUCUUUACUCUCUGUAAAUUUCAUCUGUAAACUCAUCAAUCCAAGAGACACAACUCGCUGCAUCAGAAACUAUUUUGUAAACAAUCAAUCAGCUAUCAACAAAUAAGUCCAUCUCUUCACAUUAAAAAUGAAAAUGAAACAUAAAAAAUCAAGAAGCUCACAAAUUCUUAAUUGAAAAUGAAACAAAAAUCGUGAUUUAAUCAACGAAUGGAUCCUCUUUUUCCUGAUUGCAAUAAAAAAGAAGAUUAAAAAAAUAAAAUUACUGAGCAAUUUUUGCAUGAUUAA